CUCAGUGACGUCAGCAGUAGGUGUCCGUGAACUUCCUGGUUCUGGUUUACUUUCUAUCAACAACGCGACGUGGAUCUGGAAGAACCCGGUCCGGGUAGCAGCUCCCGCUCCGCCGCCAUUGUUUCUCUUCCUGUCUUUAUUCGUGGAUGUUAAAAUGACUUUUUACCGAGUUCUGUCGGCGGUUCUGGUUCCCAUCUGUUGGCUGUUCGUGUCCGCGGCGGACAAAGUGAACAACUCCGCCAACCCCGCCGCCGGGAGCACCGCAGCACCCAGAGCCACAACGGUGAGCAACUCUACCGGGGGGAACUCCACACACAGCGGCGGGAAGAGCCUGUUUAACGGCUUCAAUGUGGACAGCUCGAUGAUCCAGAGGGCCCUGUACGUCCUGAUCGGUAUCACCAUGAUCGGAGUUCUCUACUUCCUCAUCCGAGCUGUGCGGCUGAAGAGACCCGGCCAGAGGAAGAAGUACGGCCUGCUGUCAAACUACGACGACUCCGUAGAGAUGGAGGCGGUGGAGAGCGACGAGGACGACACGCUGUACGAAGCUCGCAGCCUCCGCAGAUGAGUCCUGUCGGAGUCGAGUCGUCUGUUUACUGCUGGAGUGGACGUCAGCUGAUAUUGAUUAUUGAUCGGACUGAGCAAUGACUGCUGGGACCAAACAGUUAUUGAAGAUAAACGCCAAAGCUGCUCGAGGACCCUGAGCAGGAGAAUCAUUAUUUUUUUCAAGGUGGUAUUGGAUUAAUCGGUGUUUGAGGAGUAUCACAAGGCCAACAGUUUAUUAUUAUUAUUAUUUCUUUUUCUUGCUUUUUCAUUCUGAGCUUUUUCUGCUCUGACUGUGUGCUUUAACUACUGCAGACUGACCCCGGACCAGCUGAUAGACAGCAGCUGAUCAGUCUGAUUGAUCGGGACCCUCUUCACUGCAGAGAUCUGGACUCUGAACACACAUUUAUAGUUAAAUAUGACAAAUUCUAAAAAAUAAAGCAGAAUUUUACUUUUAAGUCUCAUUUUAUUUGGUAAUUUCCUCACAAUGUUACAGUUUCUAGAACGAACGGCUCCAUUUAAAGCCAAAGAAAUCAAUUAUAUAUCAUAAUUCAUUAUUUGAUUUCUGGUUGAACAUUUAGGAAGUUAUUUGAAAUAAAAUAAUCAUCAACAUUUCUGUCUAAUGCUGCUCAUAAAACACCAAAGCUUCACUUUUAUAACAUUUUAUGAAAUGUAUUAAAAGAAUCAUUUAAUUUGUUGACAAA